CAAAACAAUAACAUUUGCAAUAUCAUAUACUACUAUUAGAAACAUUCUACCCCCAUACUCAUUUUUCUUCACAUUUAAUUUCCACAAACUUAGGGCAGAAAUACAGAGGGAAACAGAGAAAGUGAAAGAUUAUUUUACAUAAAUUCUGAACAAAUGACUUCUUCGCGUGUAAUCUUCCUUGCUAUUUCCAUGGUUUUGCUUUCCUCAAUUGCAUUGGCAGUUGAUCACAUUGUGGGUGAUGAAAAGGGUUGGACUGUUGAUUUCAAUUACACUCAAUGGGCUCAAGACAAAGUUUUUAAUGUUGGCGACAACCUUGUGUUCAAUUAUGACAAUUCUAAGCACAAUGUGUUCAAAGUAAAUGGCACACUCUUUAAAAACUGCAUUUUUCCACAAGAAAAUGAAGCACUUUCGACAGGAAAGGACAUUAUUCAACUAAAAACAGAAGGAAAUAAAUGGUAUGUUUGUGGAAAAGCCAAUCAUUGUGCUGCUCGUCAAAUGAAGCUUGUGAUAAAUGUAUUGGCAGAAGGGGCACCUUCUCCUUCUUCAUCUUCUCACUAUGAGUAUGCGGUAUCAUCUAUCUUUGGAGUCAUCAUGGUAGCCACAAUUGCCAUUGCUCCCAUCUUUUAAUCAUUCAUACUUUCAUUUGCCAAAAUGAUGUAUUUUAGUUACGAUUUAUAGUUUGUUAUAUUUGUAGUGACCGCAUGGCAAAUAUUGUCAUUUUCUAUUUUUGUUCAAUUAACUACAUGUCAUGAUUUAUCUUUGCAAAAAUAAAAAAUUUAUUUUCAGUUUCAACUUGUUACUGUUGAAUGUACUCCUUAUAUUUAUUUUU